CAGGCGCACCGUGCACGCAGAGCUUCAGCAGAGGUGUCUUGUCUUCUCCUUGAAAUCCUUUAAUCAUGGCGCUGGCUGGGGUUAGAGUUAUUGAGCUGGCAGGCCUGGCACCCGCACCCUUCUGCGGCAUGAUCCUGGCAGACUUUGGCGCCAAGGUGAUCCGUGUGGACCGGACCAAAGUUCCUACGUCUUCGGACACACAAGCACGGGGGAAACGAUCUGUGGCCAUCAACCUGAAGACCACAGAGGGUAUAGCUUUCCUCAGGAAGCUCUGCAUAAAGUCUGAUGUGGUCCUUGAGCCGUAUCGCAAAGGUGUUAUGGAGAAACUUGGCCUUGGUCCACAUGAGCUGUUAAAGGAAAAUCCUCGGCUGAUCUACGCUCGCUUGACUGGAUAUGGUCAGAGUGGAUCUUAUGCCACCGCAGCUGGGCAUGACAUCAACUACAUUGCCAUGUCAGGCCUUUUAUCCCGGCUGGGUCGCAGCGGCGAGAAGCCUUACGCUCCACUGAAUCUGUUAGCAGACUUUGGAGGCGGUGGUCUUACGUGCGCUCUGGGGAUUGUCCUGGCGCUGCUGGAGAGGACAAAGUCAGGGAAAGGACAGAUCAUUGAUGCUAGCAUGGUGGAAGGAGCAGCAUAUAUGGGUUCGUUUUUAUGGAAAUCUCGUAGUAUUGGUUUGUGGAACCAGUCUAGAGGAGAAAAUAUGUUGGACAGUGGAGCUCCCUUCUAUGAUACCUACCAGACUUCGGAUGGACAGUUCAUGGCUGUCGGUGCCAUUGAACCUCAGUUUUACAAACAGCUGCUUAAAGGCUUAGAGUUGGAUGCUGGAGAGUUGCCUUCUCAGAUGAGCUUUGAUGAUUGGCCGGAGCUCAGACGAAUCUUCACAGAGCGUUUUGCCUCAAAGACCCAGGCAGAGUGGUCAGAGAUUUUUGAUGGGACUAGUGCCUGUGUUACACCUGUGUUGUCUUUCGACCAGGUGAGCUCACACCCACAUAACCGGGAAAGAGGCUCUUUCAUGAAGGACUCCAGUGGGGAAGAAAGCCCCCGACCAGCCCCGGUUCUGUCUCGCACUCCUGCUGAGCCUUGCCUCACCUCCGACCCCGUUAUUGGAGAACACACGGCUGAGGUCCUACAGGAGUACGGCUUCACAUCCUCACAGAUAAACCAGAUGCUGUCAGCAGGAGUCAUAGAGUGCAAUGCUGUGAAGGCAAAGCUGUAAACAAACAAUCAAAAAAGUCAAGUUAUAAAUGUUUGAAAAUCACACAGUGGCACCACCUUUUAAGAUUUGAAGGAAUCAGUAAUUAACCAUGUGAUUGUCAUACUGGAUAUAAACAACUGAUUUGGAUAAAGCAAAGCUACAUGCAGAGCACAUUUGAGUGAAGAUCUGCCAUUCAGAUUAUGUCUAACACAGCUGUGAAGAAAUCAAAAUAAAAGAGAAACUAAGAAAAUUAUUAUUUUCUUUUCAUAAGCUAGGAUUUCAACCUCAAGAACUUGAAAUAUUGCUUAACCUCCACCUUUUAAAUUUGUUCUCCAAGGCCACAGGAGGCUGCUGUGUACAAGGUAAACAAAGGUUUUUAUGCAUUUCUACUGCCUAAUAGUGUUGAUUGGACAAGACGUCCUCAGAAUAUGUGGUUUUGGUAUGUUCAUCAGUUGAUCAGUAGCUGCUAAUUUUAAUAGCUACAUUCAUUGUUCUUUGAUAUUUUUAUAUAUUUUGUUGUGCUAUUGUUGCCCCGUGAGUGUUUCACAUUGGAAAAAAAUUUUUUUUUGCAAAGCACAACUACUCUAUUAAUCAUAAACUACUGAUAUCUGCUAAAUUAUCCAGCUCAGGGUGAGCAAUGGUCAUACAUAGCAAAAGAGGAUUGGAUAUCUCCUGAAAGCUCAGCAGUGCCAAUAACAUUAAAUUAAUCAGACUUUUGUUGUUGUUUUGCUCUCCCUCAACAGCUUCUGAUUUGUGUGCGCUAAUUCUGACACACAGAUUGUUUAGAAAAAAUGGUUGUAGCCAGACAUGAUGUCACCCACUAAAAUAAUCUUUUCAAGACUUUGGCUUGGGGUUUCAAAGCUCACCCUGCAUUUUUUUUAUUCUAAAGAAGGCCAUAAUUUACACGAUGAAUGUCAAGCUGUAUUAAAUGAGAUCAGAAACCAGUGAUCGUGACUCAUCGGUAAACUGUUUACUGAAGUUUUCAAUUAGCAUUAGGCUUGUUUAUAUCCAGAGGAGCUGCCCCCUGCUGGCUAAUUGAAAGAAUGAAGUUCUGAGGGACUUCCAUAGGCUUAACUUUUCAAAACAACAUGGAGAGCUGUGUCUAACAUUCAGUAGAUCCGACUUUUGUGUUGCACUAACUGCACAUUUCAGAGACAGGAAACGUUACGCCUACAAAGUGAAAGUAAAACUACUGCAGUGAUUAUGUUGACAGGCAACUUCGUCCUUUUUCGUGUAAGUGAAGUUUAAGUCACUUAUCUUGCAGGAGGUCUCCUCUCUUCAGGAACUCACUCUGCAGGAGGGGGAGAUAUAGGAGAGGUGGAGGAAGAUCUCAGCCUGGGCGUCUAUUGUCUUGUGUAGUCUGGAAGAUGAGUGGAUGACGGGGUGGGUGCAGUUUUCUCUGUGGAGGGGUCGGGUGGGCUGUCCCGGGCUCUGUGGGGCCAGGCGGCACUGCUGAACUGGGCCCCGGUCCGGAUGGGCCUGGGCCCCCUUUCCCUGGCGGGUUGCAGAGUAUGGGGGUGCCUACUGGGGUCAGCGGGGGAGCUGGCCCCAGGGAGGGGUCACUGCCCCUCCCUUCCUUCCCUCCCCAUCUCCAGCUGCCUCCCUCUUCCCGCUCCACCACAAUCACCCACACAUGCAGGGCCUUGGGGUAAAGGUGUGUCACCAGGGUGCAGAGGAGGCAUCCCCCCCCCCGUCCCCUUCUGGCUGCCUGUGCCUCAAUUUUAUCCCACAACUUAGACAUUCACAUUACUCACACUCUCAUAACACAUACAUAUAGGAUCUUGGGGGUGGGCAUGCUACACGGAAUCCAAAAGACCAUCAGGGUGUACAACCUCACCCCUGGCGUUGUUGCCCACCUCUCAAUUUUAAAUACACGUAGACAUUGAGGGCUAUCAGGAGGGGCUAUGUGCUUACCUGCUGCACUCUGGCAGGUAACUCCAUGCCCUCCUGGGUUUUAAAUGCACCUUAGAACACACAUGCAUCAACACUACAUAUGAGCGGGCGGAGGGAGGUUUGGAGUCUUCACACACCCCCGUUCUCUGCGGCCUGUUGGAGCAGGGGGGCUAGGAGGAGGAGUUGGCCGUCCGAUUGGGGUCUGGAAUGUGGGGCCUCCCUGCUGCUGCGGGGUCGGGGCGGUCUGCUUCUCUCCACCCCAGGGAAAAGGGUAACACUACCUGGGUCUGGGUGCAGUUUCCCCCUCCAGGUGCAAGGGUACCUAGACCUGGGGUAUAGAGUACGCUUGGGGAGUGUGAUUGUGUGUACAGUGUCUCGUUUAUGUCUGUCUCCACGUUGGGUGAGUGUUGAGUAAUUGCAUAUGAGAGCAUGAGGGUGGGAAUGGAUGUUUGUAUCUGUGUGUGCCUGUAUGUCUGUGUCUAUAUGUCAGGUUGGGUAUCAGACGCCACCUCUCUGGGGACAUCUCAGGCCCUCCAAGGUAUGGAGGCCUAUCUCCCCCCACCACUCCCCCUGCCAGUGGCAGACGCCCUCAGACAUCGGUGCGUUGGUGGUUCUUUGUGUCCGGGGGUGGGCGUCCAGGUACACACCGGCUCACUCCUUGGUGGCUGCUUGUCGGGGCCUGGAGCCUGGGGCUUGCUCGGGCCACUUCGGGGGUGGGGUACCCUCAGCCUCUCAGCCUGGGGCUCGGUCACUCUGGCACAGCUGGCUGCCGGCGGAGCUCACGGGCACGUCACUACAACCCCCCCUGGCUUCUGCUCCGCGGCUGCUGAGUGACCCCUCAUCUGGGGCUCUCCUCAGCUCUUUCUGGGAUAGUGGCGCGGCUGACCCUCUGUUGGUCUUCCUUGGUCUCUUGUGUUCUGAGGGCCUCUGGAUGUCUGGAGUCUUGAUCUCCUCCAUACCCGCUUCAUGCCCUGGAGGACGGGGCUAUGGCUCCCCACACCCUCUAGCAGAUCAUUACAUGAAGGAACCUUUUAAAUACAAGUGCGCUCAUGCUCACAGGUGUACACACGGGUGCUCACACACACAAACUACACCCUUUUUGGCUCCUACCUCAAAGCACACUGUGCGCUGUCGAUCUUACGUGCUGCACAAUAAUGUUUAAUAUUUAGUAUUUACUGUUAUAUUCCCAUAGAUCAUCGUGAUGUUGUUUAUUAUGUUGCUCUUUUUUUUUCUUCUGCUUGUUUUCUCUUUUUUCUUUCUCAACAGGUGAUCCAGGUGAUUGAUAUAUGUAUUUUUUGUCUGCUUAUUUUGUUGGUUUUUGUUUUUUGCCCUUUAUCCCCGUCCCUCUUCCCCGCUGUUUUUCUUUCCCUCUUUCUUUCUCCCCUUUCUUUUCCCCCGUCAAGUCUGUCCCGUAUUUAGCAGGUUAAAAUAAAAUAAAAUAAACAAUAAAAGGUGAAUCAAAUAGACCAUUACGGCAAGGCUGGGAUGGUCCAUUUGGUAAAGUAAAUCCGUUGGGCAUCUUUCUUCGCCUUUAGACAAUAAUUCUGAUGGCAAAAGAGCCAAACGGGACAGGCCAAAAAAAAUAAAAUAAAAAAGUCACUUACCAAUAUCUCUGUUGCAAGCUACAAAUGCAACUCUGCAAGCUCUAGUUAGGAGGUUUUGAAGAUGGUUCAGAUUGACUAAAUAAAUUACUCAGUAGCUCAUUGGGUAUACAUGUUCAGCUGCUUGUUAAUCCUAAUCUAAUUAGCCAGUCACCUGUUCAAACUGAGCAUCAGAAUGGAGACAGAAGCUGAUUUAAGUGAUUUUAAACAGAGCACAGAUGUUGGUAUUUCAGAAACGGCUGACCCGGCAGGCUGGCUGCCUGCUCAGCCCUCUCUAAAGUUCAAAGAUAAUGGUCCUAAAAAGAGAAAAUAUCCUCUGAGUGGCAGUUAUUUGGGUGAAAAUGUUUGGUUGAUGCCAGAGGCCAGAUUAUAAUAACCAUUCAUUGCAGUCAAUGUAUGCUGAAGAGCAUUUGUGAAUUCACAACACCUCAGACCUUGAAACUGAUGGGCUACAGCAGCAGAAGACCACACCGGGUGCUGUUCCUGUUAGAUAAGAACAGAAAAAUGGCUGCAAUUUGACAGUGAAAGAAUGAUAACGCAUUGCCUGCUGCAAUGAGUCUUGAAUUGCAGGAAAUGGUCAGAAAUUGAUGUAAAAAUCAAUUCUGCUUUGUAUGGUUCAUCAUUGUGGUGGUGUAAUGGUGUGGGGAAUAUUUUCUUGGCAUACUUUGGACCCCUUAGAAGCAACUGAGCAUCAUUUAAAUACCAAUGUGUCCAUGCCACCUGGCCCAAGCCCCCCUGUGACCCUAUGUUGGAUAAGAGUUACAUAGACAUGCAUGCAUGUAUCUAUGUUUUUGAUUGAUUGACUAACCUUGUAGUUAUGUAAAGAGAACAAGUAAACAGUACAUUACCUAAAUACAAAUGAUAUGGAAGAACAUGAGAAAUUACCAUAGUUAUGU